AUGGGGAGAGACUUUCGCUUGUACCUUGCAGGGCGCAAGGUCUACCUCUGCAGUCAAUGCAACACGCACCUGACGGUCCACAGCGAGCUUAUCAGCAAGUCGUUUCGAGGCCGCACGGGCGCCGCUUGGCUGUUUGGCAAAGUCGUGAACGUCUCCGAAGGCGCGCUGGAAGACCGCAAUAUGACAACCGGCAAGCACACAAUUGCAGAUGUGUAUUGCAACGACUGCGGCACUAAUGUCGGGUGGCGGUACGAGUGCGCCUCGGAUGCGACGCAGAAGUACAAAGAGGGAAAAUUCAUCCUCGAAAAAGCACUUUUGAAGAGCUUGGAAGAAGACGAGAAUGGCCAGCAGCGCUCGUCGUACAUGUCUUCUGAUUUAGACUACGAGUAA